ACAACCUUAAACGAAACGUCAGAGUAAAUUGUAAAAAUGACGGCGUUUACGGUUAUUGGGAAGUUUUGGCAAGAGUACACGAAAACUACGCCGAAAAAGCUCAAAAUUAUCGAUGCUUAUCUGCUUUACGUGUUCCUAACCGGUGUCAUACAAUUCGUCUAUUGUUGCCUUGUUGGAACGUUCCCAUUCAACAGCUUUCUCAGCGGAUUUAUUUCUUGUGUCUCCUGUUUCGUUCUUGGAGUGUGCUUACGACUACAAGUGAAUCCUCAGAAUAAAAGCCAAUUUCAUGGGAUAAGUCCUGAAAGGGGAUUUGCAGACUUUAUUUUUGCACAUAUUAUUCUUCACAUUGUUGUAAUGAACUUCAUUGGUUAAAUUUAGGAAAUAAAUUUGUAAAUUUUUUAAUAAAUCAUCCAUA